UGUGUCUGCGCGUAAUUUUUCACUGACUGUACGAGUAUUGUACUCGUACAACAGCAGUAUGUCUGUCAGCGACUGUCACUCUCAAAAUUUAUUAAUUUCUCGUGGCGUCGAUAAUUUUCAUAAGUUGAUAUUGUCACAUUAUUGUGAUUCUCCGCGCUACAUUAUCUAACUGUAUUUCGCUUGCGGCAGUUUUUUUGCGCACUGCAAUGCCGUUGCUGAAUAACAUAUGUUUAGCCCGACUUUGACUGCUUUGCCAAGACUCAAAAACAGACCCGAAUGCAAAUGGAUACCAACAACAACAACAAGAUAGCAGGUAUCAACGGAGAUGCCGAUAGAAUCACAUCGUGGGACGACUCCAGUUUAGAUCAUUCCGAUGGUCCCGAUGCCUUUUCUUCGCCCGAAUUAAAGGCGUUUAGAGCCACCAAAAACCGAAUGUUUCCUGUGAAGAAAACCAGUACCCUGAACGAAUUAUCCGUGGACAUGGAAGCGCUUAACAUGCUACGCGAAGCCAAGACCUCUCCAGCUAUACCUUAUCGAUUACGCCACUUAUCAGCGGAAUUCGAUGGUAUCGGCAGGCGGACACGAUCGCUUGCUGGACCGAGUCCCGUGUGCCAUUUCGGGCCGAAAGCCCAGUUGUUUCAUUCGGACAAAGGAAUUGUUACAACUGUUAAUGAUCCUGGAACAACCCGGUUGAACUGGUCGUCAUUCCCGCAAAACGUUCUUGUUGUGAAAAAAGUCCGAGAUCUGGAUGUCUUGGAGCCGUUCGUGCAGUUAUUGCAGUAUUUAUUGGAGAAAGAGAUGACAAUCUUCAUUGAACAGUCCGUUCUCAGCGAGGAGCACCUACUAGAGAACUCUGAAUUUGCCAACAUGAAGCACAAACUCAGCACUUUUAUUGAAGGCUGCGAUGCGCUGAGCGACAUCAUCGAUUUUAUUAUUUGUCUUGGGGGUGACGGCACGUUGCUCUAUGCAAGUUCCCUCUUUCAGACCAGUGUUCCGCCGGUGAUGGCCUUUCACUUGGGCAGCUUGGGCUUUCUAACGCCAUUCGAAUUCGUUAAUUUUGAAAAGCGAAUCGAAUGCGUUCUCCGUGGUCAUGCUAAUUUGAUUUUACGCAGCCGGUUGCAUUCUGAAAUGUUGAAGGAUGGUCGCGAGCGACAGUCAAUGCUGACAAUGAGCAGUUCGACAGAAUCCUCACCGGAACCGGAAACGAAAACCGGUGAAGACGAUCCCCAUGACCACACGGCAUUUGUUGUUUUGAAUGAUGUCGUAAUUGACCGGGGUCCUUCGCCUUAUCUAGUUAAUCUUGAUCUCUUCUGUGAUGGCCGACUCAUUACGUCUGUCCAAGGUGAUGGCUUGAUCAUUUCCACGCCAACCGGCAGCACAGCCUACGCUGUUUCAGCGGGGGCUUCUAUUAUCCAUCCUGGUGUUCCGGCUAUUAUGAUUACUCCAAUUUGUCCGCAUUCCCUCAGCUUCCGGCCAAUUAUGGUGCCUGCCGGGUGUGAAUUGCGGGUAAUGGUAUCGGAUAAUGCUCGCGAUCCUGCUUGGGUCUCCUUUGAUGGCCGGUGUCGCCAAAAAUUGAAUUACGGUGAUGUUCUCAAGGUGACGACAUCGAUUUAUCCGCUGCCAUCGGUUUGCCAAACAGACCAGAUACAGGAUUGGUUUACCGGAUUGGCGGGCUGUUUGCACUGGAACGUUAGGAAGCCACAGAAACCCCUGUCUAAUCAUAAGUUGUGUAAUGGUGAAGAGAAGCCGUAGAAGUUUGCUGGGAGCUUUUAUUUUACAUAGGUGAAGACUAUCCGAGGCACUAUUUACGGUGACAAAUAUCUGUUGUCUGAAUAGUUUUGGGCCAUGUUCUGCUAAUGUUGUCGGAAUGUAGAUGCAUUUCUCACAUUUUUGAUUUUUAUGGUUUGCAAUUAGCCUGGUGUUUUUAUAGUUCGAAACCGUUGGUAAUCUCGUUGCAGGUUGCAGUAAAAAAUGCCUGCUUGGA